CAGACCGACGCGCUUCCUUUUCCCGUUCGUGUGCGCGCAGUGUGGACGCACAUGGACGCAUAAAAUAAUAAUAAUCCAGAAAAAUGCGCAUUGAGAAGUGUUAUUUCUGCUCUGCUCCGGUUUAUCCGGGACACGGCAUGGCGUUUGUACGCAACGACUGUAAGGUUUUUCAAUUCUGCAGGUCUAAAUGCCACAAAAGCUUUAAGAAGAAGCGAAACCCAAGAAAGACCAGAUGGACCAAAUCGUUCCGAAAAGCUUCAGGCAAAGAGCUGACUGUGGAUAACUCAUUGGAGUUUGAAAAGCGCAGAAAUAUCCCAGUUAAAUACAACAGAGAACUCUGGAGCAAGACAGUGGUGGCAAUGAAGAAGGUUGAAGCUAUCAAACAGAAGAGACAGGCACGAUUUAUCAUGAACAGACUGAAGAAAUGCAAAGAGCUUGAGAAGGCAGCAGAUAUCAGUGAAAUCAAGAAGAACAUUCAUCUCAUCAAAGCUCCACACGCAGGUCAAACCAAACAGUUGGAGGACAAGAUGGUCCAAAAGCUGGCAGAAGAUGUGGAAAUGGUUGAGUAAAGAGAUGGAGGAAGCACUCCACAAUUGGACUUUCAUGUCUCCGGCGGUGAGGAGGAUCUGUUAUGUGUUUUGAAACAAAAAGCUGUGUUGAUAAUGUCAGAAUGUUUCACUUCAUAAAAAAAUGAAUAUUGAACACAAAUCACUUGCUGAGACUGUAACAUGGACCAUUGACCAGAGUUCUGCAUUGGAUUUUCUUCUCCAUAUGUAUUCUGCUUUAAAGGUUAUUCUGUCCUAGUUUAAAUUAGGCUAUAAAGACAUUGAGUCUAUUAAAAACCUUAUUGUGUACCUGAUAAUUCAGCUGAGUAUAACGAAUACAUGUGUCCACAUGAAAACUAAUAAAGUUUAAUUUAAAAACAAUACAA